AUGUCGUCGGAAACGAAUCUCCAUCGCGCCAUCUCGAUGAAACCGCACCCUUUCCAUUCACACCCCGAACGCGUCGAACGCACGGCGAGCCCACAUCCCUUGCACACACACAGCUCCUCGGGGACGCAGACGGGAAACAGCACUGCCGUUGAGACAACACACCCCGCUACCGACCACGACGCGGUUCCACGCCAUGUCCCACAUCGUAGCAGCAUCGACAGCGAUGUCGAACGCGCUGAUCUGGCCCAGUACACAUCAGACAACGACCCCUACCGCCUCGCCGCCGCCAUCAAGCCCGAGGCCGAGCUGGCGGAGAUACGGGCCAACACGUCGAGGAAGCGCGAUGGCUGCGGGCCCAUGAACCUGACGUCCAAGGCCCGGAGCGCAAACAAGCUGGAGAAGUUCUACGAGGCGCAGAACGAGAACAUCGAGCGCCUGCUCAAGCCCGUCGACGAUCACCGCCGCGACGCAAAGGAAGAGGGCGACGCCAACCACCUCAAGUACAAGAUCGCCGUUGUCGGCUCGUUUGUCGCAAACGUCCUCCUCGCUGUCCUGCAGCUCUACGCUGCAAUCUCGUCACGCUCCCUGUCCAUCUUCACCACCAUGGCCGACUCGCUGUUCGACCCCCUGUCCAACGUCACCCUGAUCCUGUGUCACCGCGCCGUCGCCCGUGUUGACGCCCGCAAGUUUCCCUCAGGCAAAGCGCGCAUCGAGACGGCCGGCAACCUGUGCUUCUGCGCCCUCAUGAUCACCGUCAGCGUCGUCAUCAUCGUCGAAUCCAUCCGCACCAUCGCCGAGCACACAGGCGCCGAGACCAAUGACUUCCACCUGCCGUCUGUCAUCGCUGUCACCAUCGCCUUCCUGACCAAGUUCAGCCUGUUCCUGUACUGCUGGGCGAUACGAAACAAGUACAGCCAAGUGCGCAUUCUCUGGGAAGACCACCGCAACGACCUCUUCAUCAACGGCUUCGGUAUCCUGACCAGUGUCGGCGGCGCAAAGCUGAAAUGGUGGAUCGACUCCAUGGGCGCCCUGAUGCUCAGCUCCCUCAUCAUCUUCCUGUGGUCCCGCACUGCGUAUUCUGAGUUCCAGCUGCUUAUUGGAGUGACGGCUGACACGGCCAUGCUGCAGCACAUUACCUAUAUCUCAAUGACACACUCCGACGCUAUCCGCCAAAUCGAUACCGUCCGCGCUUACCACUCGGGCCCCCGCCUCAUCGUUGAAGUCGAUAUCGUCAUGGAUCCUGAGGCCUCGCUGCGCGCUACCCACGAUAUCGCUGAGGAACUGCAGAUCAAGCUUGAGAGCUUGCCGGAUGUGGAGCGCGCGUAUGUGCAUGUGGAUUACGAGACGGACCAUCGGCCCGAGCACUUUUUGAAAAAGGAGUUGUAG